UUUUGACAGGUGUAGAUUAGAUAAAUAUUAGAAAAGAACAAUAGGGAUGUUAAUCGCGUUUUUAUUUCGGUAUUAGGCGCUGAGUAAUUAGGAAAAGAAUUGAAUAAAUUCGGAAUGGAUUAUAAUAAAGCUUCUUUCUUAUUAACGCUUCUCUCUUUUUACUAAUAUCACUAACAAUAUUGUAGUAAAUGCGUAUGAUGGAUAAAAAAGGUGGUAAAAUCGGUUUGGGGAAAUUGAAAGGUAAAACUAUAAAUACAUCAGUUUCUUCAAUGUCGAUAAGAUUUAAUGCUACGUCUGAAGAGAUUGAUGAAUUAUUUGAUUGCGAAGAAGAUAAUGAGCCUCAAACGGAAGUGUUGAUAGAGAAAGAAAAAAUAUCUGAGGUAGAAGGUAGCCCACGUAGAUCAAUUCUUCCAUUUGGAAAGCGAUCAACAAGUGUAGAUGUCCAACAAGAUGCCUCACCUCCUUCAGAUCCUUGGCGAUUUCUUUCCGACAUUCGAGGGAAAAUUACGAAAAGUGUUGAGGUAAAAUUCACUGAAUACAAAAGCAAAAAUCAAGAGGAAGGUUCCCCGAAAACGGGAAAAACAAAAGAUAGCAAAGAAAAUUCGAGUCUAUCAGAUUCCGAGGAAGUUUCGGAAAGUAGUAUUUCAAGAACUUGCGGAUUUGUUUCAACAACGGAAGGAGUUGAGAUGUCAAGCGAUGACGAUGACGAUAACACACGCUCGUUAUCCGAGGAGCAAGACAAGUUGGAGAAAGAUUCGAGUCAGAAGAAUCAAAAUCAGACUAAAUCUACAGGUAUCAAGCAACGUUACAAGGUGAUCAAUUCAAAUACGUUAAAGGAAAAAGAAGGUGUUGUAAAUUUAGAGUUUGUCGAAGCUAUACAAAAGAUUACCGAGGAAGAUGAAGAGGUUGAAAGUGGAAUUGAUGUUUUAGCUGAUUUAAAUGUGAGCAAUUUUAACUUGGACAAAGAAGAGAAUGUCUUAAAUAUAAACCAAAUCACUGGAGAUGAAAUCCGAGCAGAAAUCGUAAAUGAAAAAAAUGUAUACAAAUGUAACACAGUGUUUAGUCCAAUUGGUUUCGUUGAUUUGCGACCAAAACCUGUUGAUUUCACCUGGAAGGAUUAUUUAAAACAAUAUCAAUCGGUUUUAAUAGGAAUCCUAACCUCACUUUUUUAUUAUUACAUUCCAUUAUCUAGUUAUUUAAGUGGGUUUAUUAUGGGGGUUUUAAUAGCUUUUGCAGUUGCUUUCAUUUACUUUAAAUUAAACGAAGAAACCAAAAAUUUAACAACAAAUAGAGAAAACGUACAAAUUGUUAAGGUACCGGCCAUUCGAGAAUAUCAACCAUUAAAAAAAUACAACGGCUGGAUGAACGAGUUCCCCGAUGAAUAUGAUCCGCAAACUUAUCACGUUAUGGACACACAGUCGGUUUAUUUAAGGUUACAAGGAAAUUUUUUACGAAUUAGCAACACUAAGCAUAAAAUUCCUAAAAGAGCUAUGUGGAAUGAGAACGAACACAAAGCUACGUUUAGCGCCCAUCGGAUUUAUAAUCUUUUGGAUGCUAAAAUUAAUUUGUUGCCUGAUGGGAUUACUAAAAUUAGAUAUUGGAGUAAAAAAUAUCCAAUUUGUAUAACAUUAAAUAAAGAUCAAUUAUGUGUUAAAAUAAAAGAUGUAGGCGAGGAAAGUUUGGAAAAGAAAAAUGUUGAGGUUAACGGAAAAAGUGUUAAAUACGAAAAAUUAUUAAGCGAUGAAGGGGAUUCAAAAAAAAUUAAUACAACCGAUGAUAUGGACGAAUUCACCGAUGUUGAAGAAUCUGAUGAUGAGGACAAUAAAUUAGAUAACGAUGAAGAUGAGAAAGAAACGAAUUUAGAUUGGAAUGGAAUGAAUUUAGAUACAAAACAAACUCGGAUUUAUCUUUUUGGUAGAACCGAUCGUGAAAAAGAAGACUGGUAUCGAAGACUUAUUGCUGCAACUCACCCAAAUUCCGAAGAAAGUAAUUUAUCUUCCCCCCUCGAAGAAGAAUAUGCAACAUAUAUGAAAUCGCAUAAAGAAAAAGUGGAACUUUCUAAUGAUUACAAUGAUUUAUGGAUAAAUUCCUUGAUAACUCGGGUUAUGUUUGAUGCUAUUCGAGAAGAAUCAGUUAUUUUAAAAAUGAAAGAGAGAAUCCAGAGGAAAUUGGCUUCCAUAAAACUUCCUUAUUUUAUACAAGAAUUAAAUUGUGAAGAGUUAAAUUUAGGAACAACAUCACCGAUUAUAAAGGGAACAAAAACAUCACCAGAAUUAAACGAUCGAGGGCUUUGGUUGGAUUUAGAUAUAAACUAUGAAGGAUUAAUUGUGGUUAUUUUACAGACGAAAGUGAAUUUGUUAAAGUUGAAACAACCGCAACAACAAAAUGUUGAAGGAAUUGAGAGGGUUGAAGGUAAAUCGGCUAUUUUCCAUUCCGAUGUUGAUGAUUCCGCCGAGAGUAGUACCGAUGAGGAUAGUAGUAAAACAAACGCGACUUCCGUUUCAGAUCAAGUUAAACCGGCGGCGGGGAAUCGGAGCAAAAAAAUUAUGAAAAUGGUUGAUAGAAUUACGGAGUCGAAAAUUUUUCAAGUCGCAUCAGAAAAUAGAUAUAUUAAAAAAGCUAUGCAAGAUAUUUCCAAUACUGACUUGCGAUUAAAAGUAGAAUUUAAACGAUGUAUUGGUACUUUGGUGUUAAAUAUUCCACCACCGCCGUCCGAUCGGAUUUGGUUUGGGUUCCGGACCCCACCGGAUUUAUUAAUUUCAGCUUGCCCCAUCGUGGGGGAGAGAAAUAUAAGUUUCCUUCGGGUUACUAGUUGGAUAGAGAAGAUUAUUUACAAAGAAUUCCAAAAAAUAUUUGUGAUACCAAACAUGGAGGAUUUACCGAUUCCUGUGAUGUCUCCAAAGCUACCAGAAUAAUGACAUAAAUGUGAUUUUUUCCCCCUAAAUUCUAAUUCAAUUGAUUUUAUAUGUUAUUAUUUAAAUUUAAAAAUUAUGGUAUUUUUCUAACGGUUCUAGUCUUGGUUUUUGUAUUUUGAUGUUAAUUUUUUUGAGGUUAACUUUUUUAAAGAUUAUUAUUAUCACUAAUUGUGUGUAAUUGUAUAAGAAAUACCCUUAGGAUUAUAUAAACAUCAAUUAAAAUAAAUGUUUUUAUUUGUUUAAAAAAAA